GACGGAAGUGUCCAAACUUCUAUUUCCGGUGGGCGUACUGUGCUACACUGAAAAACAACUCCAUCGUUUAGAAAUUGCAAUUCAAAAUAAAUUGUAUCGUAAACUUGUCACGGAAAGAUAUUUGUUUCCUAUUAUAUGGUGGGAGAUUAACAAUGUGCCGAAGUGUCAAUACGAUCAGCUUUCCAUGCUAACUUCGCUAGCAUCUCAUUUUACAGUAUGUCUAAACUGCAACAUCUGAAUGCCCGUGUGGCGAAGCUGCUAACACAAGCAGUUUAUGAAGUUUUGGAGGCUGUAAAAGAGACCGUAUCUGAGUAUCAAGAAAAAACUGCCAGAACACUAAGGGAAAACGAGAGUCUAAAACGAAGACUGCAAGAGCUCAAGGAAGAGAUUGCACAAGAGAGAUUGAGACUUGACUCUAAUCACAUCACAGAGAAUGAUUUUCCUCAAAACCAUAAAGAUGGCCAUUCUCACACUGAACACUGGGAAAGCGAAGGCAAAUCUUACAAUGACAUAAAGAGAGAAGAGUCAAACAAUACAGUUGCCUCUCCUGCACAGUCUCUCACAGAAGCCUGUGGGUCACAAGAAGAUGAUGCGAUCUAUAUUGUUAAAGAAGAAGAUAUUAGCCACACAGCACAAGUGUCCAGUAAUGCAAACCAAAGUAUAAAUCCUAUACCAGCAAGAAACAUAGGUACAUCAGAGUCUGGAGGAAUAACUGAAGCCAAUCUGUCUAUUGUCAAACAAGAACCAAGAGCAUUUGAGACAAAAGACUCUUCCUCCUGUGUGAAUUUAAGUUACAACUCCUUUCAUCAAACAUCUACUCAACUAGCCAGAACACAGGUUGUUACUGGAGUUACUCAGCCUCCCAUACCUGCCUUUUCCAACCUUGUAAUGUCUAAAGGAAGUGCACAUACAAAUAUAAACAGAAUCUCUUUUGAUGUGACCAAUGGCAGACGGAGCUGUUUUCAAUCAGAGGAUCUUCAUGUGUGUAUUGUUUGUGGGAAGACAUUUAGCCGAGUGGGAAACUUGAGAAUCCACCAGCGUUGCCACACAGGAGAGAAGCCAUAUGGUUGUGUACAGUGCGGACGGCGUUUUACUCAAGCAGGCGACUUAAAAAAACAUAAGAGGGUUCAUACAGGAGAGAAACCCUAUUUUUGCACUCACUGUGGUAAAAGUUUCAGUCGAAGGGAGAACUUGAAAAGACACCAGAGAAUCCACAUUGGAGAGACACUGACAUUACAGCAAGUUUGGAGGGAGCAACCAAUAUAAUGUGUUUCCUAUUAACAGAAUUAUGUCCCACAGUUUCUCCCUCGCUGUCUAAAUCGAAGCUGAACAAUAUAUUGAUGAAACAUUAAAAUUCUGAUCUGAAAAUAAUAAAAUUAGGAUAGCCUAUGCCACCACAUUGUCAGCCGUAGCGUAUUAACUAUGAAGAUAUUGUACUUGCACCUGUACUUGUUUUGAAUGGAAGAAACACAAAUGUAAAAGAACCAAAAGAUACUACUAGGGUACUAUUAUCACAUCCAUUUUCAUAUAUUGUAUAGAAAUUCUAAUUGAAGUAUUUAAUAAUGUACUUGAAAGAUCAACUUGUCAAACAGACCUGUUUGGAAAGGAUUGCCACCCAUCUGCACUUUUUUUGUUUGGAAGGUGCCAACUUUAUUGAAGGAAAAUUACUGUUACAACUUUUUAUAAUUCUCAUUUAUGUGAACAUUGCUUUGUAAAGUAUACAUCAACACUAUUUUCCAGUAAUUGCAGUGUUCAAUAAAAUUCUGAAUUAACAUA